UAUAAUUAAAUAAAAUAGUGUGUAAAUAAUCUUAAUUCUAUGUAUAUAAUUUAUUUUUAUGAAUUACAAAUUUUAAUGAAACAUAGAGGUGUCCCACAAAGGCAAUCCAUUUUAUAACUGUCAUUUCAAUAAUUCGGAAUUUGCAAUUAAUUGUUUCAAAACUUUUCUUGAAAUAGCACUGGCUGAUUUUCUGUUUCAAAGAGCCUAUUUGUAAAACAUAAAAAUUACAAUAUUUUACUAAUCUAUUAGCAAAAGGGUACUUUAUGUUCUACGUGACAUGAUUGAAAAUAAAUCGUUUGAACGAGAAUCUUACCUUGCCGUAACACAGUCUUUGACUAGUACGGGAGGUAAAGUAAAAAAUCUACGUAUACCGUCUGUAGACAUUUAUUACACUUUUGAUAUCCAGCUUAAUGUCUUGUGAAUUACUGAUAUACAUUACUGUUGUUUGCAAGGUGUACGAGGGCGGGUCAAUAAGUCCGUGACUUUUUUGUUUUUCCGCCUCUUCAUUGAAAUGGCAACACUGCUCCCUUCAACAGUCAUCUGUCAGAUGUCUCCUGUCAAAAAUUGAACAAGCUGUGACAUUUAGUUUGUUUUUGACAGCCGUUUAAAUCAAACUACCGCGUUAACUGAGAAGAAAAUGGAAAAAAGUGAAUUUCGUGUGCUCAUUAAGCAUUAUUUUUUGCGGAAAAAAUCCAUUACGCAAACCAAGGCUAAGCUUGAUAAAUAUUAUGGGGAUUCUGCACCAUCUAUUUCAAUGGUAAAAAAGUGGUUUACUGAAUUCCGAUGUGGCCGUACCAGCACGGAAGAUGCCAAACGUUCUGGACGCCCAGUUGAGGUCUCCACAUCCGAAACAGCUGAAAAAAUACACGAUAUGGUUUUAGCCGAUCGGCGAUUAAAAGUGAGAGAGAUUGUGGAAGCCAUAGGCAUCUCGCAUGGCUCAGUGGUUUCAAUUUUAAAUGAUCAUUUGGGUAUGAGAAAGCUUUCCGCAAGAUGGGUGCCGCGUUUGCUCACAAUCGACGACAAACGCAAGCGUGUGACAAUUUCGCAGAAAUGUUUGGCGUUGUUCAAUCGCAAUAUAAACGAGUUUUUGCGCCGUUUCGUAACCGUGGACGAAACGUGGAUCCACCACAACACACCGGAGACCAAACAGCAGUCAAAACAGUGGGUUUCUCGGGGUGAAUCGGCGCCAAAGAAGGCAAAGGUGGGUUUGUCAGCCAAUAAAGUCAUGGCGACUGUUUUUUGGGAUGCACGCGGUAUUAUCCACAUUGACUACCUUCAAAAAGGAAAAACAAUCAAUGGCGAAUAUUACAGCAACUUAUUGGGUCGAUUCGAUGAGGCAUUGAAAGAAAAGCGACCGCACUUGGCCAAGAAAAAAGUCCUCUUCCAUCAGGACAAUGCACGAGUGCACACAUGUGCAGUUUCUAUGGGAAAAAUCGAUGAACUAGGCUACGAAUUGCUCCCUCAUCCGGCCUAUUCUCCCGAUCUAGCCCCUUGUGACUACUUCUUGUUCCCAAACUUAAAGAAAUGGCUCGGUGGAAAGAGAUUUGCCUCCAACGACGAAGUCAUCUCACAAACAAAUGCCUAUUUUAAAGACCUCGACAAAACAUAUUUUUCGGAAGGGAUUAAAAAAUUGGAGAAACGUUGGGCUAAGUGUAUAGAGCUCAAAGGAGACUACGUUGAAAAAUAAAUUAACUUUUUUUCAUUUAUCUAAAAAAUUGUGUUUCAUUUAAAAAGUCACGGACUUAUUGACCCGCCUUAGUAUACUAUGAUUUUAUUGUUUUUAUUUAGAUUUACCUAUCUAGGUACUACAUAAAUGCCAUUGCUGAUGUUAACUUGUAUAUAUGAAAUAUAAACUAUGUAUUUUUUGGUCUACCUUGCAAUUGUGAUUGUAAUUUCUAUGUAUUCAAUACCAAAAUUUGUUAAAUAAUAGGUAUUUUAACUAAAAUCGCGGGUUACUCACGUGAAUAUACUGAAAA